GGCAGCGGCGGCGGCGGCAGCGGUUCCAUUCCCCCUCCUCCCCCGGGAGCGGCGGCGGCCGGGCCGGGGCCCCAGCGCGGGCCGGGAGGGGGCACGGCGGUGGCCACGGAGGCCAGCGCAGGAGGAGGCCGCGCUCCGCUCCCCGGGCCGCGCCGACCUGCUAGGCGGCCGGCCCGCCCGCGCCCAGGGGCCCCGAACGGUGGGGCCGGGCCGGCGGCUGAGGCCUGUCUCGUUGGUUCCCAGGUGCCAUGAGGAAGCCUCGCCGGAAGUCACGGCAGAAUGCCGAGGGCCGGCGCUCCCCAUCCCCCUAUAGUCUGAAGUGCUCACCCACCCGGGAGACCCUGACAUAUGCCCAGGCCCAGCGGAUCGUCGAGGUGGACAUUGAUGGACGUCUGCAUCGUAUUAGCAUCUAUGACCCGCUCAAGAUCAUCACAGAGGAUGAGUUGACCGCCCAGGAUAUCACCGAAUGCAAUAGUAACAAGGAAAACAGUGAGCAGCCUCAGUUCCCUGUCAAGUCCAAAAAACCCUCAUCCAAGGGCAAGAAGAAGGAGUCCUGCUCCAAGCAUGCAUCUGGCACUUCCUUCCACCUCCCGCAACCCAGCUUCCGCAUGGUGGACUCAGGCAGUCAGCCAGAAGCACCCCCACUGCCUGCUGCCUACUACCGCUACAUUGAGAAGCCGCCUGAAGACCUGGAUGCAGAAGUAGAGUACGACAUGGAUGAGGAAGACCUUGCCUGGCUGGACAUGGUAAAUGAGAAGCGGCGAGUAGAUGGGCACAGUUUGGUGUCGGCAGAUACCUUUGAGCUGCUGGUGGACCGGCUUGAGAAGGAGUCAUACUUGGAGAGUCGAAGCAGUGGGGCCCAACAGUCACUCAUUGACGAAGAUGCUUUCUGCUGCGUAUGCCUGGAUGACGAAUGCCACAACAGCAACGUCAUUCUCUUCUGUGACAUCUGCAACCUGGCUGUACACCAAGAGUGCUAUGGCGUCCCUUACAUCCCCGAGGGCCAGUGGCUAUGCCGCUGCUGCCUACAGUCUCCCUCCCGGCCUGUGGAUUGCGUCCUCUGCCCCAACAAGGGUGGUGCCUUCAAACAGACCAGCGAUGGGCACUGGGCCCACGUGGUGUGUGCCAUCUGGAUCCCUGAAGUCUGCUUUGCUAACACCGUGUUCCUGGAGCCUAUUGAGGGCAUCGACAACAUCCCACCUGCCCGCUGGAAACUAACCUGCUAUAUCUGCAAGCAGAAGGGGCUGGGUGCAGCCAUCCAGUGCCAUAAGGUGAACUGCUACACGGCCUUCCAUGUGACGUGUGCACAGCGGGCUGGGCUCUUCAUGAAGAUUGAGCCUAUGCGUGAGACCAGCCUCAAUGGCACCAUCUUCACAGUGCGCAAGACCGCCUACUGUGAGGCCCACUCGCCGCCAGGUGCUGCCACUGCUAGGAGGAAGGGCGACUCCCCAGGAAGUCUCAGUGAGGCUGGGGACGAAGAAGGGCUGAAGGAGGGCUGUGGGGAGGAAGAAGAGAAGGAUGAGGUAGAAGAGGAGGAGGAAGAUGAAGGCCAAGGGGGGGUAGGCGGCCCCCUCAAGGGAGUGCCCAAGAAGAACAAGAUGACUUUGAAGCAAAGGAUCAAGAAGGAGCCAGAGGAAGUGGGCCGAGACACACCCUCCACUGUCCCCAUGGUCACUGUCCCACAGAUACCCUCUUACAGGUUGAACAAGAUCUGUAGUGGUCUCUCCUUUCAGAGGAAAAACCAGUUCAUGCAGCGGCUUCACAACUACUGGCUGUUGAAGCGGCAGGCACGGAAUGGUGUCCCCCUCAUCCGGCGCCUGCACUCCCACCUGCAGUCCCAAAGGAAUGCUGAGCAGCGGGAGCAGGACGAGAAGACAAAUGCAGUGAAGGAAGAGCUGAAAUACUGGCAGAAGCUCCGGCACGACUUGGAGCGGGCACGGCUGCUAAUUGAGCUGAUUCGGAAAAGAGAAAAGCUCAAGCGGGAGCAGGUCAAGGUCCAGCAGGCCGCCAUGGAGCUGGAGCUUAUGCCAUUCAACGUUCUGCUGAGGACAACACUGGACUUGCUGCAGGAGAAGGAUCCCGCACACAUCUUUGCCGAGCCCGUCAACCUGAGUGAGGUUCCAGAUUACCUGGAAUUCAUAUCCAAGCCAAUGGAUUUUUCUACUAUGAGGCGGAAGCUGGAGUCCCACCUGUACCGCACCUUGGAGGAGUUUGAGGAGGACUUUAACCUUAUAGUUACCAACUGCAUGAAGUAUAAUGCUAAAGACACAAUUUUCCACCGAGCAGCUGUCCGCCUGCGGGACCUGGGAGGGGCCAUCCUGCGGCACGCCCGGCGGCAGGCAGAGAACAUCGGCUAUGACCCCGAGAGGGGCACCCACCUGCCCGAGUCACCCAAAUUGGAGGACUUUUACCGCUUCUCCUGGGAAGACGUGGACAACAUCCUCAUCCCAGAGAACCGGGCCCACUUGUCCCCAGAGGUGCAGCUGAAGGAGCUGCUGGAAAAACUGGACCUGGUGAGUGCCAUGCGGUCCAGUGGGGCCCGGACCCGCCGUGUCCGCCUGCUACGCCGGGAGAUCAAUGCCCUUCGGCAGAAGCUGGCACAGCCGCCACCACCUCAGCUGGCAUCGCUAAACAAGACUGUGUCCAAUGGGGAGCUGCCAGCAGGGCCCCGGGGGGAUGUGGCUGUGCUGGAGCAGGCCCCGCAGGAGGAGCCAGAAGACGAUGGGGACAGAGAUGACUCCAAAAUGCCUCCCCCACCAACCCUGGAGCCUACUGGGCCUGCGCCUUCCUUGUCUGAGCAAGAAUCCCCUCCGGAUCCCCCCACUCUGAAACCCAUCAAUGAUAGCAAACCUCCAAGCCGAUUCCCAAAGCCAAGAAAAGUGGAAGAAGAUGAGCUUUUGGAAAAAUCACCUCUGCAGCUAGGGAGCGAGCCCUUGCAACGCCUGCUCAGUGACAAUGGCAUCAAUAGAGUGUCCCUCAUGACCCCCGAUACAUGCCCCGCUGGCGCCCCACUCAGUGGCGUGGGCCGUCGCACAUCAGUCCUCUUCAAGAAGGCCAAGAAUGGGGUUAAGCUACAGAGGAGCCCAGACAGGGCCCUGGAGAACGGCGAGGACCAUGGCGCAGUGGGCUCUCCUGCGUCUCCCACCAGCAUCGAGGAUGAACAGCACUCCCGGAAGCGGCCGAGGAGCAGGAGCUGUAGUGAGAGCGAAGGGGAGAGGUCCCCCCAGCAGGAGGAAGAGACAGGUGUGACCAACGGCUUUGGAAAACACACUGAAAGCGGGUCUGACUCAGAAUGUAGUUUGGGUCUCAGUGGUGGACUGGCAUUUGAAGCUUGCAGUGGUCUGACACCCCCCAAACGCAGCCGAGGGAAGCCAGCCCUGUCUCGAGUGCCCUUCCUGGAAGGUGUGAACGGAGACUCUGACUACAACGGCUCAGGCAGAAGCCUCCUGAUGCCCUUUGAAGACCGUGGAGACCUGGAGCCCCUGGAGCUGGUGUGGGCCAAGUGCCGAGGUUAUCCCUCCUACCCUGCCUUGAUCAUCGAUCCCAAGAUGCCCCGGGAGGGCCUUCUGCACAAUGGCGUCCCCAUCCCCGUCCCCCCACUGGAUGUGCUGAAGCUGGGAGAGCAGAAACAGGCCGAGGCUGGAGAGAAGCUCUUCCUUGUCCUCUUCUUUGACAACAAACGCACCUGGCAGUGGCUUCCGAGGGACAAAGUCCUGCCCCUGGGUGUGGAAGACACUGUGGACAAGCUCAAGAUGCUGGAAGGCCGCAAGACCAGCAUCCGCAAGUCAGUGCAGGUGGCCUACGACCGUGCGAUGAUCCACCUGAGCCGAGUGCGGGGACCCCACUCCUUUGUCACCUCCAGCUACCUGUAAGGGCAGGGCCUGGCCUGCAUCUGCCUGCCCUGCCUCCGUCCUGUGGGGCGCAGAGAAGCCUCUUCCUGCCCCAGCCAGACGUAUGGCUGGCAGCUUGCCCCUUCCAUGGCAGGCCAGGGACUGGGCUGUAUCCUCCCCAAGGACAAGGCCCC